AAAAGAGAUUGUCUUGCUCCUGCUCCUGCUUCUGUUUCUGUUCGCGCGUCCAACUCAGUAUAAUUUUUUUACCACCGGUACCUGAAACUCUAGAAAAACGGCGCCGUAUCAUUAACCUCGCACUAACAAUCACAGCUCUACAGGAGGAGCAAUCAAUUUUUCAAUCGAAAAACCCUAAACCAAAACAAAACUUCAAUUCAUAGUGAAUAAUUUAUCUCAAAUCAAAAACAAAAUGCCUCAAGUAAGAAUUAUAGCGAAGAAUUUCAUGGACAUGGUGGCAUCUUUACCGGCGAUGAAGCUCGAUAAGCUCUACGCUAAUCCCUUCAUUUGCCAAGCCAUUCUCAGGUCACUGCCGCCAUUAGCGAAGAAAUAUGUAGUUCAAAUGCUGUAUAUAGAUGGACCAGUAUUAGCCAAAACGCUAGAGGAGUGGUUACUUCCCGAUGGAGCAUCUAAGCACAAAGUAGCCAUUGAUAGGUUAAUUCAGUUGAGAAUUUUCUCUGAAAUUGACAGGAAAAAGGAAAUUAGUUACAAAUUGAAUCUUACAUUCCAGAGUAAUCUCCAGAAGUAUAUAAUUAAUGGAGGAAUUUUGCCUAGGGAACCAAUGGCUUCGAAUAUUACUGUAAGGCUCCCUACACCGGAGGAACUUGAGGCGUAUGCACUAGGACAGUGGGAGUGUUUCUUGCUGCAUCUUCUAAAUUCGGGCCAAGCUGAAAAAACUACUAACUUUAGCUCUUCUAUGAUAAAAAUAUUCCAGCGUGGUCUUUUGAGCCAAAGGGAUAGAGAAGCUCCGCGAUUAACUGAGAGUGGCUUCCAGUUUUUGCUGAUGGAUACAAAUGCACAGCUUUGGUAUAUUAUCAGAGAAUAUAUAUCUAACUCCGAGGAGCGUGGUAUAGAUUCAGCAGAUAUGAUUUCCUUUUUGCUAGAGCUCAGUUUUCAUAUGACUGGUGAGGCAUAUAAUAUGAUUACAUUCACUGAGGUUCAGAGAAAUAUGCUAAAGGACCUUGCAGACUUGGGGUUGGUUAAACUUCAGCAGGGCAGGAAAGAGAGUUGGUUUAUACCUACUAAAUUAGCAACCAAUCUUUCAGUGAGCUUGACAGACUCAUCGUCAAGGAAACUGGGAUUUGUUGUUGUGGAAACAAACUUUAGGAUUUAUGCAUACUCGUCUUCUAAGCUGCAUUGUGAAAUUAUGCGUCUUUUCUCAAGGGUAGAGUAUCAACUUCCUAAUCUUAUUGUUGGGGCAAUAACAAAAGAAAGUUUGUACACGGCUUUUGAAAAUGGCAUUACAGCAGAGCAGAUAAUUUCAUUCCUUCAGCAGAAUGCCCAUUCUCGUGUUGCAGAGAGAAUGCCUUCCGUUCCUGAAAAUGUCACAGAUCAGAUAAGACUGUGGGAAUCAGAUAUGAACAGGGUUGAGAUGACCCCUGCACAUCUCUAUGAUGAAUUCCCCUCUAGAGAUGUCUUUGAGGCCGCCUGUAACUUUGCACGAGAAUGGAACGGUUUACUGUGGGAGGAUUCGAAGAAAAUGUGGAUGGCAGUCAAGGCAGAAAUUCAUUUAAACAUGCGGGAGUAUCUUCGGGGACAGAAGUAGUUUCACAAGAUAAUUAUGUACUUUUUCCAAUCAAAUUGACACAAUUUUUUUCUUUAGAUGUCUCAUUUUAAUUGAGAAUUUUUUAUAGUGUUUUUGUUCCGGUUAUUUUUUAUUCUCAUUAAUUAUCAGUUUUUGA